AUGGAAACUGAAAAUAAAGACGAAGUUCUUAGCAAUUUUAUUGCUAUUACACAAUGUUCAAAUGAGGAAGCAACCCGUUAUUUAGAAGCUGCUCAAUGGAAUGCACAAACAGCUAUGGAAAUCUUUUUUGAUAAUGGUGGUUCACAAGCUGGUGAACCAGCUGUUUCGAGUAAUAUUGCACCACCCGCAACAAAUACGAAUCAAAAUGCCCCUGGACAAAUAGCAUCCGGUGGAACAGGCGGUUAUGAAUCUGAUGAUGAAGGUACAAUGCAAUCUGCAAUUGAGGAAAGUCUUCGCGCUAAUGCAAGUGCAGCAAAAUCAACAGAAUCAAAAGGAGAUAAACAUAAAAAAUCAACAGCACCACCAUCAAAAUUUGGUACUAUUGGUGGAUUACAUAAUGAUGAUGAUAGUUCUGAAGAAGAAGGACAAGCUUUUUAUGCUGGUGGUUCUGAACGUAGUGGCCAACAAAUUAUUGGACCAUCAAAAAAUAAAGGCAAAGAUAAUGAUAAAAAAGUAGCUAAAAUAUUUGAAGCUGCUCGUAAACAAGGUGCUAUGGAAGCUGAUGAUGAUAAUGAAGAUGGUUCAUCACCGCAUGCUAGAAAAGAAAAACCAUUUGGUGGUGUUGGAUAUACUUUAGGAGAUGAUAGUACACCUUCUCGUUCCUAUGGUCAAUCAAUUGGAGGACCACCAUCAGCUGCUGCUUCGAGUCAACCUGAACAAUUACCACUUCGAUUCUAUUCAAAUGGAUUUACAAUAGGCGAUGGUGAACUACGUAAAUUCGAUGAGAAUAAGGAAUUUAUGGAUUGUAUUAAACGUGGUGAAGUACCACCUGAACUUAGAGCAUUAUCUGCUGGUGGACGACAAGUUGAAGUACGUCUUGAAGAUCAUCGAGGUGAGGAAUACAAGCCCGUCGCACCACAAUUCAAACCAUUUGGAGGUUCUGGUUAUAUGCUUGGUUCACCAGCACCCAAUGUCGCUCAAUCAGCAACUACAACACAAUCUUCAAUGAAAUCAUCCAUGGCAUCUUCUAGUAGUACACCUUCAGCAUCUACUGAUUCAAAUCGUCUAGAAAAACUUGCUGAACAACAAUUGAAAACAUCAUCAUCAUCGACUACUAUACGUCUUCGUUUACCAGAUUUAUCAACACCAGUACGUGUUGUAAUUGAUCUUACUCGAACAUUAGCUGAUGUACGUAAAUUUCUUACUGAAAAUGUUCCAUCACUUCAAUCAAAUCAAUUCGAAUUUAUUGAACCACCUUCAACAAAAAUAAAACGUGAAGAUGAAAGUAAAACAAUUGGUGAUGCAAGAUUAACAAAUGCUACACUUGCUAUUCGUCGAAGUACUUAA